AUGAUUUCAAUGUUAGAUUCAUUUAAUGGGAAGAUAGCAUUAAUUACUGGUUCAAGUGCUGGAAUCGGAAAAGCAACAGCUUUACUCUUUUCAUCUUUGGGUGCUAAAGUAGCCAUAGUUGGACGUGAUCAAAGUAAACUGGAUAAAGUUGCUGCUGAAUGUGAAGCAAAGUCACCUCAUCACUACAAGCCUGUUGUUAUUAAGGCUGAUUUUAUUAGAGAUGAAGAUGUUAUUCGAACCUUUCAAGAGACAAUCUCUGCUUAUAAAACUUUGGACAUUUUGGUAAACAAUGCUGGUCUUCAUGGUUUCCCUGAUUUUGAUGAUCCCAAUUAUCUUGUUGAGUACGAUCGAAACAUGCAAGUCAAUGUUCGAUCUAUUAUUCGUCUGACUGAAUUGUCUAUUCCAUUUCUUAACAAAUCUGCAGGAAACAUAGUCAAUGUAUCUGCUAUUAAUAGCCUGACUGCGAAUCCAUCUCAUUGGGUUUAUGGUGUGUCCAAAGCUGCACUUGAUAUGUUCACCAGGUCAAUGGCUGGCAAAUUGGCUCCUAAUAUUAGAGUGAAUUCAGUCAAUCCUGGUGCCGUUCAUACUCAUCCCCUUGAACCUUCAAUGUUGGAAAAAUUUAUAUCCAUGAAACCCUUAAAACGAAUUGCUGGACCAAUAGAGAUUGCUAACUUAAUCGCUUUCCUGGCAUCUGACGCUUCUAGAAACAUGACUGGUUCCAUUGUUGUCUCUGAUUCAGGAUACCUUUGUGCUGACCCAUACAAAGUGCUCUCGGGAAUAUAAAAUGCAAUUAAACUUCAUAACGAUAACAAGCUUUAGUUUUUUGAGUUUUUUCAUUAUAGCCAUUAUUCAGACAAAACAACUCUCUCACCAUUUUGAACCCUUUUUGAGUUUGUUUGACAUUGCAAAUGCUUAAGUGUAUUCAUUAAACAAUAAAAUUACUCUGAAUAAUUACUUAA